AUACUCAACAAUUUAGCUCCUGAUUACUUGGUUGACCUAAUCCAUGUUUAUGAACCUGCGAGGUGCCUUCGAUCAUCUUCAGACAAGUGGCGUUUUGUUAUUAAGCCUUAGAACUUAAAGACAUACGGUUUCAGGGCUUUUUCAGUCAUUGCCCCUAUACUAUGGAACGAUUUGCCUAUUGACAUUAGAUCGAUCGAUAAUGUAAAUAAGUUUAACUCUAAAUUGAAGACCUUUCUUUUUAAACGAGUUUAUGAACUAUCUUAGGUUUUUUAAUUUGUAUUUUUGUGACUAUGUAUAUAUGUAUAUAUAUGUAAUGAUUUUAAGAUUUUUUUUUUAUUCAGACCUUUCUGAAGUAUUGUAAAGCGCUUAGCACUGAAAAGUAUAAGCGCUAUAUAAAUAUUUUAUUAUUAUUAUUAUUAAGUUGGUCUGAUUCUUCCUGUUUUUCUCCGAAAACUGCUGAAUACUGAUAUGCCUUGUGAUUGACCCUCUGACGUGGCUCACACUGUAUGAGUGUGUGUGGGAGUUUUUUGGAAGUACAGUCACCUCCCUUUAUAGCGGACACUGUAUGGGCCUUGAGAUAGUGUCCUCAUUAGCGAGAGUCCGUAAUAGCGGGAGUUUAUUUUAGUCAAACGUCUGUAUAUAUAGAGGAUAUUACACGGUGGCGCGAAAAUAUGAAUUUUAUUUUCGAGUGGCAAUUCAAAACAGUAUUUUACGAACGAGCGCAGCGAGCGAGUAAAAUAUUGUUUUUGCCAUGAGAAAAUGAAAUUCAUAUCUUCAAGCCGCCGUGUAAUGUUCUUUUCAUUAUAUAGACAAAAAGACAUCGAUAAAAUAAUAGAGGGAAAUUACCGAAAUUACGUCAUCGAUAAAAGAUUAUGGAAAAUAAACCACUCGGGUCCCGGAUGUGGUUUUUAUGAAUUUUACGAGUGGUAUAUUUUCCAGUAAAACACUCGUGUCUAUAUAAUAAUAUAGUCUAUUUUUUCCUGGGAUUUAGCUGUUGUCCGUAUUACCGGGGUGUACGUUAUAGCGGGGUGUCCGCAAGGCGAGAGUUGACUCCAAAAUGGACUUUUUUGUUGCAGAUUUCCUGUCAUAUACCCGACCCCUGGGCCUUGCUUAGCAACAGCAACAAGGAAAAUAGGAGAAACAGAAACAAACACAAGUUUCCCAAUAUUCCAUACCCGCCAUAAUUAAUUUUUAUCAAGGUACUACACUUUAACAACACCAAAAAAAGUUUAACAUGACUGAGACAAUUUGUUUCAAUCCUCUUCGAAUCCCAGAUGCCAUCAAGUUCAACACCCCAAUAGCAGUCACUGUUGUCAAAUUCCCGCCUUUCCGCGUCCAUCAGCAAGUCAAUUACCCUGGGUUUCUUCCCCAGGUUUGGGGUCGGGGGGGGGGGGAAGUUAAUACUUCUGCUUGACCACAAUCGACAUUUAAAUCUUAAAGAACUGAAGAAAAGGAAAUAUUUCAACGGUGCGAAAGGGUUUUAACGUUUUUACGUGGCGUAACAUGCUUUGUUGGUUGGUCCAGCGGGUCCCGCAAUUCCUGGGAUCAAACGACGCCGUCGCCCAAAUGGACCAUAUAUUUUUUUUCUCGUUCAGUGUUAAAGGGAGCAAGAAUCUGGUGUAGGGGUGGCUACAGUGCCUUAGAGCAAGGAAAGGAAGACUUUGAGGCCACCCCUCCCCUCUCGGAUGCAGUUUUGUUCGCCUGGGGAUCUCAAGUCAUUAACGGCCACCUCCCUACAAUGUAUAUCUAGAGAGGGGCAAGAUGUUCAGGGGUACCCAACGACAAUUUUCGGAAAAUAUCUGUUCGGAAGACGAUUUGAGAUCUAGAAUUUGUUCGGAACAUUUGUUGUAAAAUUCCUUGCUUGCCUGCCUCUCCUAGGAUUUCCGAACAUCUAAAAAAUGGUACAAUUGCCCAUUUUUAACCGGUUUUUACCCUAGAAAGGUCACCUAGAAUUUUCGGGAGCCUUUUUUCUGGCUGAAAUUUUCGAAAAGGUAAGUUUUGAUCCCUAUAAUUUUCGGAUCACUAGACUUUCAGCCAGGAAAUCCGAACAGAUGGACAAUUUUUCGGGGACAAAAAUAUCCCUAUAUCUACCGUUUAAAUACUAAAAUGAGUUUAACAAUGCUAUGUGUUUAAGUAGUUUUGAACUAUACUCUCGUUGGAUGCCCCUGAGAUGAUUUUAAUUUUUUGGUCAACAAUGGCAGUAGCUGCACCACCGUCCAGGGGGAAGAUUCUCGAAUACUUUGCAGGUUUUUAAUUUUCUCGUUUAAGCAGCAGCAGCGAUAAAGACAGAAGCUACAAAUUUCAACAUAGGAAGUGGUUUGCUUGAAGAAAAGAAUUUCCAUAGGGAGUCAGAGGCUACCCUAAGUGCCAGAGACUUUUCAUGUCCAGUUACCGGUUCUAAGUGACCCGCAAGGUAUUGCUGCUCGUGGCUUCGGCCUUCGGUCGGCCGAAGAUCUCUCGGCCAGCGGCCGACAACGAAGCAUCCCGCCCGCCGCACGCGAGGAACAACCUCUGGAACCCAGGGUAAUCAGAGCCUUACGACAAAUUUAGUGAUUUUACUGAGACAAGACGCGUAUACUACGCGUGUAUUGGGCUGCAAAAAUUCUGUGCCGUAAAUUUACUGUGUUUGUUUGUUAUCAAGAUAAGAGUGCCAUCUCUUUUAAAGAUCUAUCUGCAUAGCUGAGUUAAAACAAAUAACGUACUACUAGCUUUCACUGCUUUUGUAUUCUAAUUCCAUUAACAAGUUAAAUUUGUCUAUGAGGUAGGGCGACUUUAGGCAAAAAGUUUCGAUGGGUUUACUACGAUGUUAUUUUUUUCCUUCCUUUUUGGCGUAAGCAUAGCACUUUGAAAGCCUUUUAUAUGAAAUGGCCCAUCCCCUUCCCUUAAAAAUCGGCUCAGCUGCAGGGGGAAAGGGACACGCAAUGCCUACUGGGAGAUUAGCCCGCCAUUUUGUCUUUUUUCGACUUACCAUGGAAGACCAUGGAAGAAUGUUGCUUCUCAUUCCUUGAUUGAGCGUGGUCCUGUGGGUUUGCCACAGGCAGCCCAAUAAAAAAGAAAUCAAUAAUCCUGGGACCAGAAAAGUAGUAUGAAAUAAAGCAACUAAAAACGCCCACGCUUCACUACAGCGUCGAGCUCACAUUCAACGCAUCUACUUCGCAUGACCCUGGCUGAAGAAAAACAAUUAUUUGCACAUCACUUGUUAAAACUGUGAAUGCCUGACGUAUUUUAUUCCAUACGUGGUUACUCUUACAGCCUUGAGCCUUCUUUUCACUUACUAGGAAAAGAAGUUAAAUUUAGACUCAGAACAAUGGUAUAAACGUUAAAGUUUCCUUGUAUCACAUUAUUCACGAACAGAAAUACAAAGGAAAAGCUGUCAACAGAAUGUACUAUCCCAGAAGCCCGUUGGCCCUGUCUAUACACAUUAAAAUACAUCCUGUACUAACAGACAUUACAUAUACAGUUUCAUGUGAAAUAAUUUAAAACAUGAAAAUAGAUUAUUUUUAGACGUUCAGUGUGUGCGGUGCUACGCACCCUCCAUUAUGGAAAACAUCUGUGGCAAUUUACUUUAAAGUGAUCGUCUCAAUUCCUUUUUGAACCUGAAAAUGAAACAAACCAAAACUCCUAAAAAAAACUGGCUCACCCUCGGUGUAUAAGAACCUGUAAAACUCACGAGUAACGUAAAACAAAGAAGUCAAGACAGUAGAACCAAAAAAAACAACAAAAGGUGCGAGGCAAAGAAUUAGUUCCCAGGUUCUUACACCGUAACCUGUCAACGCAGACGUAUUUCCGGUCGUCGCUUUUCUUACUUCCGGGUGGAGAAAAGGGACGACCAGAAAUACAUCUGCAUUCCGAGGCUACAUACACCGAGGUAAACCUAAAAAACUCAUAUCCCAUGUAUGUUUGUAGGCAGCUGCUUAAUCACCCCGAAGGAGAAUCCGAGGGUUUAUCCCUGAAUUAAGAUCUUUUCCUACGGAUUGCCCACCCAAGAUCACGGGGAGGGGAGGGCCGGGAGGGGAUCAAUGUCAGAAAUUUGUUACGUCCCUUGUGUGUCUUUUACAUCCCGCAGAGUCAGAAUAAUUAAAACUGUUGCCAGACGGGGCUUACGACUUUUUUGUCAUUUCUGAAAUGUCAAAAAUAAUAUACAACUAUCCCCCGAAGGGGAGGUGAAUAGUGGUGCAUAUAUACUGACACGCGAAGCGUCGAGGUAUAUAUCAAGCGCUAUGAACCGACCCUGAGGGGGAUAGUUGUUUUAGUAUUUACCAAAUCAGUUGGAAAAAAAUCAAAAAGGAACUUUUUGUAAACAAACGACGUCACUUAGCCAGAGUUUGUUUACGUUUCAAUUGACAGUGUUUCAGGAAUCAUUUUUUAUGAUUUUGUUGCAAAUUCAGUCAGAAAUUUUUUUUCUACCAGCCAGUAAACACCGACAAGCUCAAUUUUGUCUUAUUCUAGGUAUUUGUUGGUGCAGCUGCUUCAUUUAUCGCUAACAUUUUAUCUUUCGAAACUGUUGCGAAACGGGAAGCCAUUUUGAAUUUCGUCCAAAAACAGUGAAUGUCAAAGGAUUUUCCGAGUUACUGGAGCCAAUCAGAACGCGUGAAAGUUGCUAUCCACUGAUUUGGUGAAUACUAAAACAAAUUAUCAAUUAGGUUUAGUAAUGAGAGUGGCAAUUUUUUUUGUCCGGCUCCAUCGGCACAUGGAUUUUUGUAGGUUCAAACCACGUGACCUGGUCAAGUGUGAGUAAGGUUUGUUUGGGAGCUAGGAAGGUUUGCGCAUGACAGGCAGCACGUGACACAUUCCUUUUCAAACGGAAAACGCGCUUGAGUUGAGAGGUAUUAAAUUAUUGUCAGAUACUAAGUGUUGUGUUGAUCUAGCAAUGUAGCCGUUUUGUCUCGUCACGCAACGCCCCUCACCACUAUGUGCGACUAAGGCUAUGUUCACACUAUACCCAAUAUCUGUUUAGUCUGCUAUACAGCCACAGCCGUGUUUAGUGUUCUGACCGGAGGAGUGUUGCGUGACGACACUAAAAACGGCUGUGUAGCAGACUAAUAUCAUCACACAACACCCCUCACCAAUGUGUGAGACUGAGGCUAUGUUCACACUAUACCCAAUAUCUGUUUAGUCUGCUAUACAGCCACAUCCGUGUUUAGUGUUCUGACCGGAGGAGUGUUGCGUGACGACACUAAAAACAGCUGUGUAGCAGACUAAUAUCGUCAUGCAACACCACUCACCAAUGUGUGAGACUGAGGCUAUGUUCACACUACACCCAACAUCUGUUUAGUCUGCUAUACAGCCACAGCCGUGUUUAGUGUUGUGACAGGAGGAGUGUUGCAUGACAACACUAAGAACGGCCUUUAUAGCAGACUAAUAUCGUCAUGCAACACCACUCACCAAUGUGUGAGACUGAGGCUAUGUUCACACUAUACCCAAUAUCUGUUUAGUCUGCUAUACAGCCACAGCUGUGUUUAGUGUUGUCACGGGAGGAGCGUUGCAUGACAACACUAAAAGCAACUGUGUAGCAGAUAAUAUGUUUAGUCUGCUAUCACGCUGUGUUUAACCUGCUGGGAUGGGGCUUCUGUUCACGUCUGAGAACGGUGAUUUCUGUUCCGUCUGAUCUUUGUAAUGGAGUGAAAGGUGCGCCGUGCCAAUUUUGAAAUUGGAGGGUCAUAUAUCGGAUUGGUUUUCAUAUAAUACUGGAUAGAUUUUUGUGUCGGCAGGAAAAGCUAUCUAGUAUAAUGUGAACAUAGCCACAGGAAAAAAUAACGGAUUCCCAUUUUUGGAUAUUUUUGGGUAUUUAAAGAAUACUCAUAAAAAUCCCAAAUUUGGCAAAGUGAGACAAGUCCCAACCAGGGAAUUCCCAACCAAGUUCCCAGAUUGGGACUUGUCUCACUCUUCCAAAUUUGGGAUUUUUGUGGGUAUUCUUUAAAUACCGAAAAAUAUCCAAAAAUGGGAAUCGGUUAUUUUUCCCUGUGAGCCUAAUGGUUGGCAGGACACUAUGAACUAUGAAGACUGGCACCCAAGUAACAAAGUUUGUGCUACAAUAGAGCGCUUACAGUAUAUUAAGAUAGCUACACCCUGCCCAAUAAAAAAUAAUGCAGCUUCUAACCUGAUCUGACUUCUUUGAAGAGAGCAUUGUUCACGUUGCACUUGUUAGUGCAUAUUGUAUCUGUAAGGAAAACAUAUUGAAAAAAAUGACAGUUGAUAAAUAAAUUCAAAAUCCUCUGGUAAAUCUAUUUUGCGAAGGCCACCAAAAAUAGCUCUUACCGUUAACACGGUAUCGAGCUUUUUUAAACAUUUUUUGCUGGGAAGGUUGAGGGUGAGAGGGUUGACGUAAAGUCAGUUACCGCAAAAAGAAAAUAGCCGCAAUUACUUCCACAACAACAUUGUCACUCAUUUUAAGCUUAAUUUCCAGUGAUAUUCCUCGAUUGCCUGUGUCAAUACUCAUUAAAUAAAGGCCUCACUAGGUUAGGGUUCGAGUCCCGGCUCCCGAAUCCGGAAUCCGGAAUCCUGGUUCGAAUCUGAAUUUUUUCAGGCUUUUAUUUUUUCACAAAUGCACAAGUCAGCGAGUUUAGCCUGUGUGGCUGGCAUUCGAAAGGGAAGGUAAAGAGAAUUUGGGCUCGAAACCACUUCUCAGAAACCCCAAAUCCUCUUUCCCUUCCCUUUUGAACACCUGCUACGCAGGCUAGUGCGAGUUUAAAUGCGAGGAUCUUCCUUACAUUUAUUUAAAUACGCUACCUAUCACUCACCUCAUGGCUGGCACUUGGUUUAUGGAUCGCGCUGCUCUGGAAAUCAAAGCCGUCAUAGCAAACAAGUUGAUACAGGCAUUAGCCACUCGAUUCAACAGAAGCUGCUCCUCGAUAACGCUCUUAAAAAGCGGAACACCACAGAAAAGAAUGUUAGGGGCUUCUCUAAGAUAAGUUAUGCCGGCCCUCGCACUACUGUAAACUCAGCAUUCUAAUUUGCUACACAUUUGCAAAGCGAUCACCAGGAAAAUCUUUCUAGCCUACGCUUUCACUUAAACAAGUAUUGGCCAUGCUUGGCAUAAUUAUAAGAGUAACUGGAACACGAAAAAAACCUGUUACGACCUUUCUCGUAUUCAGUGCUGAAUUAUAACAACAAACUAAAAAAACUGCAUCUCUUUUUGAGCUCUUUCUAGAUUGUUUCGGUUGGGGGUAUCAGCUCUACAGAAGUUUGACUUUUUUAAAGUGUUUUAUUAAACGAGGCCAUUAAUACCAAAAAAAUAGUUUUAGGCAUGGGUCGCACUUGGCAAAUUUUUGGGAGAAUUUGUUUACCUUGCGGUAGAAAUCUGUCAUCGGUGGACAUUGCUAAGUGCGACCCCGAGUUUUCAAGUUGGAAAAAACUUUGAAAAUCGGCAAAAAUAUCAAAGACGCCGUAGUGCUUGGGUGGGGCAGGCAGAUUUUGGAAAACUCGAGCUAAACAAUAGGAAUCACAGCGGUAACUGUCAGCGCCUUGUCAUGAACGUGAUCCAUUUGAAACACGAUCAAUUUAAAAUAAACGUGGUCGAAUUUUCAGACCUUCGCGAAGAGGCGUCUACUCGGCUAUCCUUCGCCAUUUCAAGUUUUUUUCGAAAACUCUCUACAGGCGAGGACUUAACACGCUUAUAAACCUUCGCUAUUUUAAGGUUUUUACGGGAACAAGCUCUAUUGAAGGCGAACCAGUUGAGUCCCCGUCUACACAAGCAAACACUUCACAUGUUUGUUAUUCUCCAAGCCAAAUGCACUAUUCGCAUCCAAGCACUUUCUGGUCUUCUUUAUCUGUCACAUCCUCCUGAAACUGGGAAUGGAGGAAAAAGAUCCUUCGACAAAGGUUCGGUCGAAGAAGAGAAAAAUGUUUUCUGGUAUCUGGCGUUCUUAAGUUCUCAAUGUGUCAAAGCAAAAACUAUUAACUCCCACUAAUGCGACCCUCCUCGGUUGGACUAAAAGUUUUCUUUUCCGGUUGCGGUUUCGAAUUUUUGUGGUUUUUUAGCCGGCAAAGAUGAAAACUUUUCCCAAGUGCGACCCAUGCCUUAAUAAAAAUGUAAUGUAGAUAAAUUACAGAGUUUAGUACCUUUCCAUAAUUGGUGAGCAAAGUUUCUGAUAUUCUACCAAAAGUCUUGGAACACUUCUGCAUUUCUCAGGGACAUUUUCCAAUUCACACAGGCCCAACCCUCCCUCACCCAUGUUGGACGUGUGUAUCGACUAUCCUGAAUUUUUACCGACUUUCUACUUUGUAUAGGGUGGGGUGGGGGGAGAACUGCAAGAAGAUUUUGAAAAGGAUCGCACUGUUUUAAGAGGGAACCGAGAAAUGACAGAAAAACAUGAAUAUUGCAGUACUGUCCCAAGCAUAUUUGUCCAGGAUUGUAGAAAGAUUUAGAGUUAUGUUUACAGCAAACGUGAAAUUCAUACCAUGUGACCAAGUUUUCCCUUAACUUUGUUGCGCAAUUUACUGUUUACUAAUUCUACCACAAACUUAGUAGCUUCACAUUAGUUAUGUCUUGUUUUUAGCUGCACGUUUUCAAUUUUGAGAAAUUCUAAACUUGAAUCUGACAUUUUCUGUUUCCUGACAAUACAACUCUCAGUCUCUCUAAAGUAUUGUCUUGCUUAAGAACACAGUUUGAAAUUGUGCUAGCAAAUCAAUAAUCUCUUACUUAGAUACACCGGGCGGAUGCUCUAUCCACUUGACCUACGCAGAACUCAUGGAGAGAGAGGCCAUAAAUUAUACUACAGGGUGUACAUUCAAAUUUUACCAUCUUUCAUUCUUUCACCAAAAGUCCCAAUGUUUUCUAACCCUAAAAAUAUUAUUCUGCGUAGUCCACAGUCAGUCCACAGUCUGCAUUAACUUUACUCUGCCCCUUUUACAAUGAACAUUACCUGAUAAACCUGUCGUUUGCAAUUAGGCCAAUAUCGAUCCAUUCAAUAUAAUUAUGCUCCAAUAAUGUCCAGGCAAAGGCAUGUUAUUGAUGACACGCUAUUUUCAUAUGUUUUCUGCAUACAAAACAUAAUAAAAAAACAGUCAGCGAAACCUCAACCUCAUUGUUGUACCAAAAUACAAGAUUCCCACCUACCAGAAUCUGAAACCAAGAGUCAACGAGCUCUGUGAUGCACGUAUCCCUGAUGUGAUCUUUAAUUUUCGUGUUCCUCUCUGCUUCCUGUUCAUGGAAGAAAAAUUUCAUUCAGCUUCUAAACUGAUUGAUCAGUAAAUGGUUUUACAAACUUGCACAAGUACAACCAACGGAAACUCCACAAAAGUUGACAGUCUUAAAUCAAAUAUUUGAGUCUUUACACAAGUUUCAAGAUGUGACAAGCAACUCUAGAAGCAGUUUUUUAACUCCAAACGAUUUUGAUUUUCAUAAGGAGCAAUUUCACACAUGUAGAGUGUAGCCCUUUGCACAUCAUGUUUAGAUUCAAUUAUUAGCACCAACGACUUCAUGUGUGUGGCAUGGUGGACUUUGUCACAACAAAAACAACUUGAAUGACAACCUUUAAAAAAUUUAGGUAAAGUCCAAACCCGCUUUAAAGACACCCACUAAAAUGGGUUCUUCAGUGGCUGCAAGCUGCUCGUAUGAGAUGUUAGGUAGUACAGUAUUAUAUAGAUUGAAUAGGUUAUCAAUUUCUGUUUGAUUGUACCCCUCUCUGUUGGAGAUAUAUUUUCACCAAUGGAAAUUAUAGCAUUACAGUUUUUAAAACAAUUCACAAAAUUAACCUGUUGACUCCUUAUCACAUCUCUAUCAACCGCUUCCUCAUCAAUUGCCUUCAAAAUCCUAAGGUACAUAUUCACAGCUAAUGCUCCAUAUGGCAAGCACUGGAGGAGGUCUGAGAAAAACAACGGCCACUACAGGGAGAAGAGAAAUGUAACAUGAAGUUAAACAACAUUUAACGCAGUUAAUAACAAGGAGCGCCGUCGUGUGUUGUUGCUCAGCAGUCAGUUUGGUGGCUCAAGCGCAGUCACCCUUGCUAACAUCAGCUCCAUGUGCUUAGUACAAUGCUUUCAAGGCGAUUACUCGAUUUGUUCAGCCUUUAGAUUGUCUCUUUCCCCCAACCCUUCCCUCCCUUUAAUUUUUAUCAGAUAAAUCAUUGGGACAGGUGCCUGGUUCCAUUGGUGUGGGGGCUCAUGGCUGGAAGGCUUGAGGGCAAAACACUGUCUAAGGGCUGACUGUGACAAAAGCGCAAGACCCUGGUCAUCCUGGGCACCCACUUUCACCAAGAGUCGCAGUUGUUACCUGAUUGUCAAUAGGUUUAAAUGCGAAAAAAAUGUUUUUCUUGCUGGCUGAGCUUGUGAAAGAGCAGGCAGGAAAUUAAAUGAAGUUCUCUCACACUGAAUGAAUUCUGGGCACAAUUAAGUUACAAUUUUAGGGUAUCAGUAUUCACGCUCAUUACACUUGACAUAACAAUAAAUCAGCUAACCUUCUCAGGAUAAUCACAGACAAAGAUCAAGCUAAAGACUUGUGCUGCCUUGUUCUUCAAGAAAUUCUUGUUAUCUGACUCGGUACAACACUGAAAAGUUGCAACAAGGGUCAAUGGAAAAUCGCAAUGAAAAUACUUAUGUCCACUUUUAGGUAUCUUUGCACAACUAUAAAAAACAACGUUUGACUAUUUUUCUCUUUUUGACACAAAACAAGUUGUUUCAAUUUUGAUGAAAGACAAAGAGAGAGUCUAGACCAUAAUUAUAUGUCAAAGGUAUUAGCAAGACAAUCCUUUUUCACCUAAAGACAGACAAUGCAAUCUAGGGUGAGGGGCAAUAAAAGAGAAAAUGUUCCUUGGGAUUCUACUGUAGAGUAAAUUAGCCUAGUGUACCUGAUUUCGUAGCCAGGUCAAAAGAAUCUCUCUGAGUGCUUGUUGAUCUACAAGAUUUGAUGACACAUGUCUGUGUACAGAAUAACAAUAAAAAAAAAACAAAGCCAUUUUUUUGGGCAAGAUCAUCGAAGAUGUCUUGUACAGUUCAGGAGACUGAAGCGUGUGUGUACUGAAUACAGCUAGUGAUCAAAUGUUUAUAAGUUAUUCCUGGUAAGAAAACAAUUAAACCCAGUUGUCUCUAGUUGAAUGUUUUUAAUCAUAAUAGCCUACAUAAUAUCAUACCAAGUGAGUAAAUAUUUAAAAAUUAAAUUAUCUGAUUUAUUAAUUAUAACAUCUUUUAAUAACAGUUAUUUAGAAUAAUUUGGUGGACAAAAAUUUAAAAUGGUGGACCAACCAACAGAAUAAAACCUUUUUGAUUUUUCCAUGGAAGGAAGAUUAAUAAUUAUUUUAAAAUGGAUGCCACAUUAUAAUAAUUAUGUAAAAUUUAUUAUUAAUCAUUAUAAUUAGAAAUUAUCAAUGUUUAAUUUUACCUUGUUUUUAUGUGAUGCUCUAAUACUUGAAAGCAAAAGAACUUGACACUUUCAUCACUAAAACAACAACAAAAAAGAAACCAAUAUAGAAGACCAAUAACGCAAAGGCAGAUUAGCCUCCCAUGCAGACGUUCCUAGGGGUUUGUCACGCGUUCCUGCCCUACAAACAUCUGCUGAACCAUUGUUCGCAAAUAUCAGCUGGAGAUCACGUGCAGAUUAUUGGAGAUCCAAUCGGCACUGUUGAAGUCAAAGUGUUGACAAGCCAAACACAUACGUACAAGCUCUGUAGAGUGUGAUGCGUGACCAAAGAUUUUUGCUCCCGACGAGAAUCUAGGAGAUAAGCGAUGGGUUGUUGUAUGUUUCUCUCUGUAAAGGCUGGAUUAGAUGUUGUUUGCUGAUAAAGUUGUUCUUUGGGUGAUGCAAUGGCGGGGUUGCCUUGUAAGACUGAACAAAAGGCAGAAUUUUUUUCAAACCUUAUUGCUUUGAAGUAAAGCCGACUUCCGUUCAGCAAAUUUAACGUUCAAGGUAAUUUUUUCAAUGAGUUUGUGAGGGUAGCCACUAGUAAGAACGCUUGUGAGUUAACUGAAUAGUAAGUUUGUUCUACAACUGUAAGCUCUUCACCUCUCAUGAGACCUUUCUGAUCUUUUUUGGAGCUAUAAAGUCAAGUGCAAAAUUUCUCAAGGUCCAAAGUGCACUUCCCAGACCUGGAAGUCGGCUGUGAUUGGUCUACAUUUUUUUCUGCUCAAGUCAGCAGACGUUCCUGGGGCAGGAACGCGUGACGAACCCCUAACAACGUCUGCGUGGGAGGCUAAAGGCAGAUGAAAUUUUCUUACAUCACACCCAUACACAAGAGAGUUGAUGUGAUACUAGAACUAAGUACAUGUCCUAGAAUAGAUGCUCAUAUGAGUGGCACCCUUGAGAUGAGAGAAAUGUCUCCAUAACUGAAGCUUAUCACUUACAAGAAUGGUUCUCGUCUGCAGCCACUAGAGGUGAAAGGGUUAUAUCAUUGGCAGCUUAUAUAAUGGCAGCUUACUCAGCUACAACAUUACAGUUUGGCAUCCCUUAAUAAAUGCCAAAUGUAAAUAGUGGGGUACCCAUAAACCAAUUUUCAGUCUCUUAUUAACUUUAUAGUGAUUGACAAUUCUCACACCUUCCAGAAGCAAUGCAGAAACAAUACGAAUUGGUAUGUUACCAUUAUUUCAAGUGUUGGAAUCAAUUUUAAAGGGUUUGAAUUACAUGUGCUAAUUGGGAUUAAAUUUAGACAGAUAGACUGAAGUAUUGUUAGUUGCAUGAAGUUUUAUUCUUAAAUUAUUUGAGGUAUUCCUAGCAAGAACAAUAAUCAGGAAAAGGAUAUAUACAGGGGAUUUCUUGAUUGACACUCUCACUAUGUCAUUUUUCAUUAUCAUCAAUUAUCAAUGGGUGCAUUUCUGUAAUGAAUAAAUACUGGGAUACCAAAAAAAACUGUUUGAUACAGUUGCUCUGACAAUGCUGUAAUUCAGGCACAAGCAUAAAAUUCAAGUGGUGAUUUGAAGGGUAACAGCAGGUACGUGAAAAAACUGAUAUAAGUUGAAAGAAGAGCUGUCUACUUAAGAGGAGUGUACUGUCCAGAGUCUCAACUGUAUCAACGGGGUAUAUACAUAGGUAAAAUCACACAAACAGUUUUUCAAAUAGUUAUCUUUUUCAAUAACUGCAACACACUUUAUGACAAGUCUAGUUACAUAUAACUGAUUAGCCUGUGUCGCUGGCAAGACAAGCAGGUGAUUGCUGUUGUUUUUUAUGUUGGAGCCACAAGAACAUUGGGAGCAUUCAGCAAGUCAAAUUGAAAUCUCACUUGCCCCAAUUCUUGUUUUCACCCCAGCCCUGGCUUGUUUGUGGGAUGUUGAUGUCUUGCCUUUUUGCAGGUACAGUGAAACCCCACUAUAAAAACUUUAUGACACAUCAGGGCUCGAAAUUGUGAGUGAUAAGGUCGCCAAUGCAACUAACAUUUUCUCCUUGGUGACUAAAAGUUUUGGUUUAGUCACCAAAGUGGCAACCAGAUUUCUCUAUGCUUUAGAUUUAAAUUAAAAGAGGCAGGUACAAAAGUCGGACCGGGUCAACUCGGACCGCCAGUCCGGGUCGGAUCAACUCGGAUCGACUCGGACCAACUCGGAUCGAAUAAAAAAAUAAAAAAAAAAUAAAAUUGGACUCGGAUCAACUCGGAGCAAUCAAAAAAAUUAAAUUAAAUCAGCAAAACUGAAAGUUUAACCCAUUUGGAGGGUAAAAAAAGGCCAGAUCCUUUUUUUCUCCGUGGCUUUCAGGCGCCAUUUUGUUUUACUAGUGCCAGUCCGUCUCGGAUCAUGUUAUAAACUCGUGGUUGUGGUUGGACAGUAAAGAAAUGAUAGUUUCAGUCGCCUAGAAUGUAUAUAUUUUCUUAUUUAUUAGAAUACUGAAUUAUUUAUGAGAAAAUCGUCAAAAGCCUUGUCUGUUGAUCGCAUUACCGAAGAGUGUUUGUUUGUUUGUUCCUGUUUGUUUUUUUUUUUCUGCAGAACUUCUGAAACUUAAUUUUAAUGAUACACUAGUGAGCAGCACACAUACAUUUCCAGUGAACAAUUUCAACUUGGAAGGAGGAGAAACCAUGCUCGCCCAGGACAAAGGAAAUUUCCAUGCCCACGACACGAACCAAACUCGCGACCCUCCGGUUCAGUGGUUGGAACGUCCGAUUUUCAUGUAGUAUUCGGAGGGUCGUGAGUUCAAUUCUCGCCUUGGGUACGAAAAUUUUCUUUGUCCCGGGUGAGCAUGGUUUCUCCUCCUUCCAAGUGAAAAUGUUCACUGGAAGUGUAUGUGUGCUGCUCACUAGUGUAUCAUUAAAAUUAACAAAAAUAAAAAUAAAAUUAAUUUACGCAACCACGAGUUCGUGAGAAAAAAAACAAAAUGGCGGGUGAAAGUUGAGAGAUACCGACUGAUUUUAUUUUUCUUUUUAUAAUCCGAGUUGUUUUUUUUUAUGAUCCGAGUUGAUCCGAGUCCAGUUUUAUUUUAUUUUUAUUUUUUUAUUCGAUCCGAGUUGGUCCGAGUCGAUCCGAGUUGAUCUGACCCAGACUGGCGGUCCGAGUUGAUCCGGUCCGACUUUUGUACCUGCCUAAUUAAAAGAGUAAAGUUAAAACAAACAUUUCAUAUUAUCUUGCUUUGCUUACAUCAUAAAAAAUAUGCCAAAUCGCAUAAACAAAGCCAGUUUAUCUCCAAAUAUAUACCGACUUCUAUCGAUGAUAUUUUCAAAUCUGAUGGAUCGCGCCAUACUAUACGGGUUUCUCAUAGGUCAUGAAAAAUAAGUCAAAUUUUGCAGGAUUUUUAGGGACAAAUUCCCAGAAAAAUUGUCCAAUUUCCUGUUUUUUUUUGGGGGGGAGGGGGGGAAACUUUCCCUAAAAACAAUUGGUAAAAAACGGUGAAUUUUGUGGUUAUUUUCCGGGAAAAUUCGCUAGAAAUCGAUUGGCUGAUCAGACCAGCAUUUUUAUCGUUUUUCAAACAGAGGUCAUCAUUUGCUCUUUCAACAACAAUACGCUCCAGAAAUGAACCAAUGGCAAAGCCUUUAACGUCAUUGCUAGUGCCCAGUUUUUCGCAACAUAAUCUACGCCUGGUAGUUUCAGGACGUUGUUUGCAUGUUUCAGUGACGAAGUUUCAAGAAACAUUUGCUGAGAUAAAUUUUAAAAUAUGUUGUACAGACAUGUAUCUCAUCAGAUUUCUACCAAAUUUUGCGGUAUUUUGAAAAAUUAAUAAGGAUAAUGUUAAUGACCAUGUAUAAUCUAUGUACGAUUGCAUUGCUAUAUGAUGUUCCAUCGCCAACCGAACGGUUCAAAAGAAAAAUAGUUAGCGAGAAACUCACCCCUGCCUGUGAUGUCGCAUUUGCGGCCACCUGAAGCCCUUGUAGCAAAUUAUCGGCCAUGAAAACGCAUCCAAAAAAUGGUCGUCGUCGACUUCACUUUGCACAUGGAGCUAAAAGAAACGCGAUUUUUUACUCACCGGAGUAAAAAAAGGCAGUGUUUACGAGGUCAAGAACAUAAAUGAUAUAAUAAAUUACCAGAGGGUUUCAAAUAGGCGAAAAAACCACUGAGAAUUCACAUUUUCACUACUUUUCGUAUCAAAACACGAACGUUCGUUCAGCUUCCAACUUUCCACGUGCAGGACCACGUUGCAUCAUUUUGACCUUCAUCUAGUAGGAGCCAAGGUAUGAGUACCGAAGAUGCUCCUUUCUCUUGUACCCAGGCUACAUGGGCGCGUGCUGGAGAAGACAGUGAAAAUUAUAAAACUGUCAUAGUUCUUUUGUUUUUUAAGUAUCGACCUUGCAUAUUUUGUUAUAUUCUCGUGUCUUCUUAAAAUUUUAUCUUAUCAGGAGUAGGCUUUGACGAGAGAUAAUGAGAUAUUCUCUCUUGGCUUUGAUAGAUUGUGCUCGCAAACUGUAGCACUUACAUCACAGGUAGCCCAAGAUCGAAAUAUAAGUAUCGGCGAGCAUCGGCAUUGUUGCGUAACAUUCGAAAUAUAAGGAUUGUAUGGGGGAAAAACCUAUCAUUUCUUUAACCUACGAAAAUGAAAGGAUUUCGAUUAAAAAAACAGCUUACCUUACAUAAAAUGUGUGUUUCAUCUCUCCUGUGUGCUUCACGUGCCUGUACUGUAAACGGUUUUCUCUCUAUAUAUAAACCUUAUAUAUUGAUCGUGAUAAUUUCUCAGGCUAGGUUUGAAAACAGGUAUGGAUUUUAGAAGCCAGGUAUGAAACCUGUGUGAAAAAUGACAUUUCUUUGGUCUAAAAUAGCGUCAGGAUUUGGAGAACUGGGUGCGCAUACCCCCCAAGAAUUCCAAGGAGUACCUCCCGGGCUUUAUUUCGACUAGGUAGUCAAAGACAGCAUAAUUCAUUGUCUGGCAGCUUUAAUAUAAAAACUCAAUCAAUAUCGAAAACCAGCACGCGGACGUUUUCGUUAUCGUAUAAACCGAGCUUUUUAUGCGGAUGCGUUGAAUCCUGAGGAAAAAGUCCUGGGUCACUUCGUGUAAGACCCAGGUCCCAGUUACAAUUAUAAGCAAACAAAAAAAUGACUUUGUAACUUAAAUUUGGCUGUAGCACUGAUUUCGGGACAAUUGUACGCUGCAAAACUAGCCAAAAGUGAAAUUAUGCUAGCAGUGCUUUUGUUUGGUAAAAAAUAUGAAAAUCAAGCGCAUGCCAGUAAUGUUGAAUUGCCAAAAAUUAUGCCAGUGUUAGAUUUGAAGCCUGGGAGCCCCGUCUUCUGAAGGAGCAAAUCAUGUAAAACUAUUAGCCUGACAAGUGUUUACUUUUUUUUAUUUAAGGAAAGCGCGUCCCAGAAGUACAUUGAUCACCGCCACCCGUCAACUUCUCCCCUGGAAUCAUUUUUUGACUCUCCCCGCCCCCAACUCCAUGUAAGUUCUAGGAAUAGGAGUGAAUGAAAAGAAAACUACUUAGAAAAAAUUUUCGAAAAGUUUGGAUUUACCUCACGAGGUUGUCGUGUUUGUUUGGGAACUUCUGGAAAUGCUGAUCCAUGGACUACCGGAAGUUGUCGGAAACUCAAACCGGAAGUUCUGGUUGUGUUGGUUCACAACGUACACUGUCCUGAGCAAAGGCGUUUUUGAGCGACGUACGCCAAUCACAAGUGGACUUUUUGCAUUCAUGAGCAAGUUCAUUAA